AUGGUUAGAAGCAGCAAGGGUCGCCAAAAGUUGGAGAUGGUCAAAAUACCUAACGAAAGCAAUCUAAUGGUAACCUUCUCAAAGCGUAGGUCUGGCCUUUUCAAGAAGGCUAGUGAAAUUUCAACUCUGUGUGGUGCUGAAGUCGCCAUCAUUGUGUUCUCGCCUGGCAAGAAGGUCUUCUCUUUUGGCCACCCUUCUGUUGAAAAGGUGGUGGAACGUUAUGUCUCGGGAAAUAUUCCCCAAACUUCAGGUGCUUUUUAUCUGAUUGAGGCUCACCGGAAAGCUAGGAUCAGUGAACUCAACAUGAAGCUAACUCAGGCGCAAAACCAACUGGAGAUGGAAAAGAAAAGAGGUGAAGAGCUGGACAAACUGAGGAAAGCUAGUCAGAUUCAGAACUGGUGGGACAGUCCUAUUCAGGAACUUAACGUAGCACAGCUUGAACAAUUGAAGGCAUCUCUUCUAACUCUAAAGCAGAAUCUGGCCAGGCAAGCCCAGCAGAUUCUGCUUCAAAAUUCAGCUCCUCCUCAGCCUUUUUUCUCUCCAAACCCCGGCGCUGCUGGGAAUCUUCCCUUUGAUACAAAUAAUACAGGAUUCAACUCAAACAUGGCUGUGGCUCCUUUCAGUUCAAACACAACCAUGACUGCUUUCAACACAGACAUGACUGGGACUCCUUUCAAUCAAAGCAGCACAACAAUGACUCCUUAUGGAUACAAUCUUGGAUAUGGAAAUGGUUUCUUCUAGAUUCUUAAUAAUUCUGUUGAAAUAAUCUUAACCAUGGAACCGUUAGUGCAUUUAUUGUUUAGAUGUAUCUAUGUGUUCUGGUUG